AUGCAUCAGAACGCCUACAGUCCGUUGGAUGCAUUACGCAUCAUUCGGCUGCUGAGAAUCGGGCGGGCUGCUCGUCGGCUCGACCAGUACAUGGAGUAUGUUUUCGCGCUGCUGUUACUUAUGAUCCUUUGCUUUUUCACAUUGGCCCAUUGGUUUGCCUGCGCCUGGUAUCUGGUCGGAGUGACCGAUCUCGAGCGACAGGUAGUUUUCGGAUGGAUUCCUCGGGCCUACAACGACUCUUUGGCCUCGCCCGACUGGUCGGUGGUUGCGUUGGCUCGUCACAGCCUACAUGCGGGAGCUGGACACCACGCUCUGCUUGUGGCUGGCUCGACGCAUUGGGUCACUGUCUCGGGAAAAUCGAACAAAUUCACCGUUGCCAGCGCAGCAAACGAAGACGCACAAGGUCAGGCUUCAAUGUCGAAUUGGCCGAAAUUUGGGGAUCGGCCUGACCCACUCAAUUCUGACCAAGGCCUUCGCCUUGGCGCUGCGGCUCGUCUACUUCUUGACCAGCAGCAACAGCAGCAGCAACUCGAGGGCCAGAAGAAUCGGCUAAAAUUGGCAGGACAUUUGCGGAUUCGUGAUGACCAGGCAAUGGAACAAAAACAAUUGCAGACGCUGCGGCAGCGGAGGCAGAUACACCAUCAAAAUGAGGAUAGGAUGGAUGUUGCUAGGGGCAAUGAAGAAGACAGAAAGUUGGAGAUGGCGAAGCUGGAUGCCUGGGUGACGAGUGGCGAUAAAGACGAGUUGGCCAACGCGGACGCGAUGAUUCGGCCAAGCCAGAGGGUGACGCAACUGCCCCUCCGAUCACCAGGUUGUUGUCUACCAGACAAUUUGAGGCCAUUGCCUCUAUCUGGGGCCAAGGAAAAGUGGUCAGCCUACCUUACCGCUCUUUACUUCAGCUUGUCCCUUCUCACAACCAUUGGCUUCGGGAAUGUGGCUGCCUUUACUGAGGCCGAGAAGUUGUUGUGCAUCGGCUUCAUGAUGAUUGGAGGUUAG